AUGCCGUCUUGCCAAAGUAGCGAGAAUGCUCCGGCAGAUUCACGCCGCAGCUCGAUGCGUCGCCUUUCCUCCAUCGCCUCGUUCCAAGCACUAAACCCCUUUUCUCGCCGCCGCUCCAACAAUAAAACCGACACCAGCACCGCCGGCUCCUCUACCAGCAAUCUCUCUCUCAGCAGCACGACGGUGAACCCGCCACAGCCAACAUAUCUGCCCGCUUCAUCCUCAUCGCAACAUCUGAGCACACACGAUGAGCUCAAUGAGUCCACCCUACCAAUCCCACCAGUGCCUGCAACUCUGGCAUCAAAACGAAGCAGCUACAUCUGUCUUCCCGACGACCCGAUAGGAGGUAUGCCAAGAAGCAGAACAUUCAGCAACUUGCCACUACCCUCCAAAUCUCGCCGCAACACGACCAUGGCACCUUCCAAAUCUCACACGCGCCUCCCCUCCAUGUUCUUGCCUUCUACUCGGCUUCCUUCGCCAGCGGUGUCAAACAGAAAGCAUAGCAUGUCGAAGCUUGCAGCUGCAGAAGCGAUGCAGCCCACCAUCCGCAAUCGAGUCAAGAGGUCUGACACCGAGCCGUUGCUGCCCGUGAAUCUCCAGCCAUACAGUAAUUAUGGCCGGACCACAGCUUUCAAGGAAAAUAUCUCCAGUAGUCCGAUCAAGCCAUUGCCAUAUACAGCCACCAUGGACCACAGGCAAAUGUUUAGAUCGGGACAUCCUUCUCGUGGACAUCCUGCAAGGCACGGCUGGUCGGAGUCGAGUGAUAACAGCACGCCUCUGCUUAGCAGCAGUGAGCAUUCUCGGAACUCGUCAAUCGCUUACCUUGCUGACAUGAUAGCUCCCUUCGAUUUGUCCUCGUCUCCACCGACUCUCCAGCAGUUCUCGCAUGCCUACAAGCCGUCGUUUAGUAGUCCAGCUUACCGUCGCUCUCGAGACAGGCCAGCCACACCGGGCAAGCCGAUGGCAGUGCAAAGAUGGAACUCGCAGCCGGUCUUGACCAAUAUCACGAAUCGUCGAACGUCGCGCCAUGGAGAGAUCCAGGAGCGUCGGUUGCUUUCUGAGCUAAAGCCGAUUUUGCCGCCUGUCCAAACCAUACCGCCUUUGGCAGGAGAGACUCUGCCACGCGGCCGUGCAAGGACGAUGAGCAACGCCAGCCAGCUGCGCCAGAUCGCCGAGGCUGGCGUACCGACGGAACACCUCGAGAAUAGUCCAGGAGCCACGUCUCCAGCGCAUAUCAGCUUGCAGCAAGUGACCACAGCCGAGCCAGCAGCCUACUGGUGCGGCCGCUUCUCCGCCCUCAAAGAUCGCUACAGCAAUGAAGAAAUCUCCGCCCAUGCCCACCUGAAUAGCCCCCGCGCCAACUCAGAUAAAAUGCACACCCCCGCCGCUACCACGAAACGCAUGCGUCGUGCUCUCGAGCACCUGUACGCCCAGUGCGUGACGACUGAGGCGAGGGAGAGUUUUGGCGUGUUUCAAUUGCAGUAUGCGGCUUUGAGUGGGAAUGCGGAGUUAGGGCGGCCGUUGCAGUUGAAGAUGCCGGAGAGGAUGUUACGGUGGCCUGGGAGCCGAGAGGCGGAUGGUGACGGCAAACGUGACAGAGAGAGUGGUGAGGUUGCUGGUGGAUCGAGCGAAUUGAGGAAGGCGAAAUUUAUGGAUAAGUUGUUUGGUAAGAGAAGGCGGAGUUUGCUUGUUGGGUAG